AUGCGCUCCCCUGGAGGCAUGUUUACUCCAAGGCAUGCGCCCCUGAAGGAGGGUCGCUCUUUUCCCGGCCUCCCAUAUGCGGGACCAACCCGACGAAGUCUACGAUCGCGACAGGGACUUCUUAUCAUUAUAUUGCUGCUAUGCAUUCCUCUAAUAUACCUGCUCACCUCCGGAGGGUCGAGUUCGACAAUCCAGCCGCAGAUUGUGUCGCCUGUCGACAGAUCAAAGGACUUGCCCUCAGACCCUGAGCCAAUAUUUCGAGCAAAUCCAAAUGACGCUGCUGGUCAAGAUCAGCUUUCGGGCAAUGCGAUUGUGCACGACCUGACGGAGCCCAAAUCAAAUCCUGAGAUGCGGUUCGAGGCUCCCCCGGUUGAGCCCCCCACGCAAAAGCCGAAGGCCCCUCUACAGCCCGACUCGGUGGAUGAGGAGCCUAUUCUCUCCAAACAGGGCGAUGUGGCUGCACAACCAAAGUCAUAUUCUCCAAAGGGAUCCGGCCUUUCAGGAUCAUCCAAGCCACCUUCCAACCCGAGCUCAUUUUCCGAACGCCCCAAAUUUGAGAAGGCUCUCGCACGAGUAAUCAGUCUCCUCCCAGGUGAGAUGGAAGGCAGAGACUUGCUCCGCGCUGUCGAAGGAACUGGAAAGGAGAAACUCCGCGAGAUGGGUUUGCGGGUCCGCGAAUACAAGAAGUUCUUUGAAGCCUGGGAAGAGCUUCAUCUCACUUUCGAUGACGAAGGCGGUAGCUACGUGCGGGACGACGUUAUCCAAUAUCUGCGACACCAUCAGCACCAGCCUUCUGACGAGGACAUCGGCGAAUCCUCUCUGGCUCAAACCAUCCAUUCCUACGAGGCAUACCGAUACUUCUUGGUCAAAUUUGGGCAACUGCUUUUCCCGUGGACGGCGCCCUACUUCCCUGAUCACAUGACUCUCCAUUCACAUUUCAAAAAGGGUGGUAGGGGUAUCGUCCUGACAGCAGGUGAUGACCAGGCUCCCUUCCUGCUCACAAUUAUCCCCACGUUUCGGAAGCUCGGAUGCACACUGCCGAUUGAGAUCAUGUACCUGGGUGAUUCAGAUCUCUCUGAGGACUACCGUUCUGAUCUGGAAAGCCUCGAUGGCGUGCUCACUCGGGACAUUGCCCAAAUGGUGAACGACGAGGGCUGGAAGCUGGCGGGCUGGGCCGCAAAGCCAUUUGCCAUCCUAUAUUCCAGUUUCCGCGAAGUCAUCUUCAUUGACGCUGACAGUCUGUUCUUUGUCAACCCGGAAGUCUUGUUCGAGGAUCCUGCGUAUCAGAAAGCGGGAGCUCUUUUCUUCAGGGAUCGACUGAUCAUGCCAGAGUCCAAGAAGCGCUGGCUCCAACAGAUUUUGCCCAAGCCCAUUUCAAGACAAGUCAAGCAGAGCCGGUUUUGGACGGGCGAUAGUGGUCACAUGCAAGAAUCGGGUGUCAUUGUGGUAGACAAAUGGCGUCACUUCAUUGCUCUUCUCCUGGUCACGAGAAUGAAUGGCCCCGACCGGGACGGAAAUAAAGACGAAGGCAGGGUCGGUAUCUAUGACAUGGUUUACGGUGACAAAGAGACCUUCUGGCUCGGUUGGGAGCUUGUUGGAGACCAAGACUACGCUUUCCAUCAAGGCGACGCUGGCACAAUGGGUGUCGUUCAAGAACCCAAGGAAGAAGAACGGAAGCCCAGAAUGGUGAAAAAGAAGAGGCCGGUAAUGGAUGAAAAUGGUCAGCCUAGAAUGGACGAGAACGGGCAAGAGAUUAUGGAAGAGUACGAGGUCGCAGAAGAACCCGAAGAACAAGAACCCGAGGAAAAACCUGAGCCGUCGAAUUACACAAUCUGCUCACCACAACUUCUCCAUUUGGAUUUGCAUGGCAAGCCACUUUGGUUCAACGGAUGGCUCCUGGACAACAAGUUCGCCGACAAGAAACAGAAGAAAUUUGGCAAAUUUGAACACUACCUAAUCGAGCCAAGAGAUAUUAGAGAACCUGGUGCCUGGCAGUUGGAGGAAAGCAACAUGUGCUGUCUGACGACCGACGCAGAACUAAAACGAGACUUUUCACCGGACGAGAAGGCAAUACUGAACAUGAUGAUCGGCCAAGCUAAGGAGGUCGGUGUUGCAGGGUGA